GAUUGUCAAUAUAUAAUAAUCUACCUAACAUAUCUAUAACUUCCUUUUUGUCAAAAAUCUUGGAUACCAGAGGUGUCAAUAUGCCUCGCAAGUAUAUCGUUUUACCAGCAGCAUUAACAGUACUUCUCCUUUUACUUACAGCAAUGUUCAUCGACGUAGGUAAGGAGGAGAGCUUUCUCUUCGAUUUCCCCAUAAUUUCUCUUGGUACCACCAAGUUGAAAGAUGAUAUCUUUCAGAGCAAUAACUAUAUUCUACCCAUCACCGAUGUAUUGAACCUAUAUUUUCGAACUCAUUGUGAGGGAAAUUAUGUUUCCACACGUAAUAUAAGCCCUAGGUUGAAGAAUGUGUCCUGCUCCGAACCUUCAUCUGAUGUCAAGUUUCUCCCCGCCCAAAUUAUCCAUCUCCAACUCAUGAACUCUACAGUUCAUAUACGACUUCCAGAUAACAACUUUGGGCAUCAACUUGGCGAAAUCCAGAAUGCGUUCAAAAAAUCAUAUCACGCAGAACUUCACGCAGCACUUACCAUAUAUGCCACCGCAAUCUGUCUAGAAGGCAUUGUGUUGAUUAUAGCUUUUAUAUCAUUCCUGGGAACCGAUGUUGCUUGGGUUUUCGGAGGGUUCUCUGUUCUGACGGCAAUCUUAAUCUUGAUCGGACAUAGCAUAAUCACGGCGUUCCAAUACCAGGCAGUUACGGCUAUCAAUCAAUAUGGCAAAGAUGUUGGGAUUUCGGGGUAUCGUGGAACGGGGUUGCUGGUAUUUAUUUGGUUUACCUUUGGAGUAGCUUCUGUUGCCUCGGCUGCUUGGGGUUGGGGUGCAUGGAUGAUCAGAAGGCCCGAUGACAGCAGUGAGACUUCGGAUGAUGGCGGCGUCUACAUGAAUUGCAAUAAAGAUCCGGCGAGAGUUGGAAUUGGCCAACCAGUGAUGCUGGCUAUGAGAGGAGGGAAAGUGGUAAGGUUACAUGACGGAGGAAUAAGCAUGGAGCAUGGGAUUGAUUAUGUUAGAGAGAGUCAGAUUGGGCUUGCUCUAUAAGUUGGGGUUUUGAUGUCUAGCGGGAAACACACAUACAUCUUUUCAGGGCAGUAUCUCGAUAUAAGCCAGAGAUAGGUAAAGGGAUCUCAUAGUAAAAUAACUGCGAAGCAUUAUCAUUCAUGCCGUCCAGGAAACAUAUUUAAUACACGGAUAUCUCUUA